AUGACGGAAUCAUUGACAUUUAGUACGAAAAAUUUUGACGAAGUUUUAAGUGACCCAGAUACUGAAAUAGACCUUCAAAUAAAAGAAUUAAAUUAUGAAUAUCACGAAGCUUUAACGGACAAGCCAGAAAUUUUAAAAUACAUACAACGUUUACAUACAAUUAUUCGGAGGCAACAAAAAAAAUUAAAUAAAUUUUAUAAAAAGUUAAAGGAACAUAAAUUUGUUAAAAAAUGCGACGUUGAAAACAAGGAAUCUCAGACUGAUAAUCAUGACAAUAGUUUUCAAUCAUUGGGAUCAAGUGAAGUGGCGGUUAAUUCCUCUGGUAAAACUAUUGCUGAUGAAGUUAAAGAGGUAGCCGAAGAUGCUUUGAAACAAACUAGUUUUGUUUAUGAACCAACUUCUGGAAUGUAUUAUGAUUAUAACACUGGUUAUUAUUAUAAUGCUGAACUUAGGAUGUAUUAUGAUGGAAAUACUGGAAGGUAUUUAGAAUAUGAUGAAGAUACUAACACUUACAAAUACCAUGCAGCAGUUGGUUCCCAGACAAAUAAUUAUUCAAAUAAUGCCAAAUCUAGACAUGAAAAAAAAAAAUACAAAAAGAAAAAGGAUAGAUCUAAGGGUAUCAAAAGAAGUAGAUUAGAUGAAGCUGAAGAAGGUGAAAUAACAGAAAGUUCUGUAAGUCCAUCAGGAACCAGCUGCAGUGAUGAUGAACUUGAAGAUUCUGGAUUUGGGUGUGAACCUUGCAUUCGUAUAAUGGUCGAAGAAACAAACGUAGAUAAAUUAAAAAUAGGCUCAUUGUUUGUUGUAACUUGUAAGGGAGGAACAAUGGGUAGAGAAGGGGAUCACGCGGUCCUUAUUCCCGACAUAAACGUUAGUAAACACCAUGCUAAAUUUGUUUACAAUCCCCAAAAUUCCUUAUAUUACAUAACCGACUUGGGAAGUCGAAAUGGUACUUGGCUCGACGGAGAAAGGCUGUCUUCAGCUCUUCAAGAAAGUGAAAAAUUUAAAAUUGAUCAUGGCGCAAUAAUACAAAUAGGAAGUACAAAAUUACUGUGUCACAUUCACGUCGGACGCGAUACCUGUUCUUCUUGCGAACCUGGAUUAGUUCAACAAUCCCUGGAUUCCUCCCUAUGGGAUUUAGGAGCAAAAAAUUCAAUGUAUAGAGAACAACUUCAAAAUUUAAAAAAAAAAUUUGGAGUUGAUGGGUUACCACAAGACGUGUACAACGUGCCAGGAUAUGAAGAUCGUGCGGAAAUGAGACGUGCGGCUGUUGGUUCAUCUCAUUCUUCCGAAAAAACUCACACCGCUUCCGUUUCCGAGGUUUCAAAAUGCUGUCAAAAAUGGGGUGGAACGAAGGACAAACUCUGGGUAAAAAUGACGGUGGACUUUCCGAACCGGUGA